AUGCACUCCAAAGUCCUCCUUGCCGCUCUCGCGACUGUUCCUCUUGUUGCCGCUCACGGCAAACUCGCAGUAGUAUGUGGUGACAUGGGUGGCAACACUACCGCUCUCGGUAUUACCGGGGGCGAUGUUCCUGAACGAGGACCAAACAAGGUCACCGAAACCGACACCACAACCUUCAAUGCCAAGAACAUCAAGUCUAAUGGACUCGGAAAGACAACUGGACAGGGAAAUAACAAAGCCACCAUGGUUACGGCCGCGAUGGCACAAUCAGGCAACACUCUUCCCCAAGUCGCUCCUGGAGGAACCAUGGCAGGCAUUUUCCACAUCGUUACAACGGAUGGUGCUGGACCAAUUAGAGGGCUCGUCGACGAAACCGCAACUGGUCAAUUCGCUAAUGGUAAAGAAGUCCAAUUUCUGCAACAAGUUCCCGGCAACGGUGGAAACAUUGCACAAACAAACAACAGUGCGAACCAGAAGGCAGCAAAGGGGGCCAGAGCCCUUAUGGAGCGUGCUCUCACUUCUAUGGGCAUCAUCCAGAAGCGAGCUGGCAAUGUCGACACUGACAACCCAUUCUUGAUCAGAAUCCCAGCUGAUACCAAGUGCACCGGAACCGUGGAGGGCAUGACCGACGUCUGCAUGAUAAAGCUUGCCAACUCCAACGCUGCUGGUCCAUUCGGUGGUGUUGCGCUUUUCCAGGUUCCAGCAGGAGGUACUGCUACCAAGGCAGCUCCUGAGGGAUGUGGCAUGAUGGGAGGUGGUGGCCGAGCUGGCCAAGCUGCUCCACCGGCAACCGGUGCAGCUGGUGCAACCGGAGCCAAGAAGGCCCAGCGCAGUUUCGAGGCAUAG